AUGGCAUCACCGCCAUUAACAGCACAGUUAGAUGAAAUUGUGAUUGAUAAUGGACUUCUUACGUUAAGCAAUUUCGAUACUUGGAAAGUCAAUAUGAAAAACAACGUCUUUGGCGAAGAUCUAUGGGGUAUUAUAGACGGAUCGGACUUUAAACCCUAUGAGUAUUCUGCGAAAUAUCGGUUGUCUCUUUGGGAAGAUAAAAAUAAGAAGGCUAUGAACGCCAUCAAAGCAUCUUGUGGACCAGAGAUGUUGCCUGCAAUUUUGUACAUAAAAGACGCCAAAGAAGCUUGGGACAGUUUAGCACUAAUCACAAGUUCUACUGAACAUAAACACAGAUACACUAUGGUGCUAGCAGCAGCCCAAGAAGCGAAGGAAAAAUUAAACGAAUUCGAAGAAGCUGAUAGAAUCUUGACGCUAAGCAAUUACCAAACCUGGAGAGCGUACAUGGAAUUGCUUCUGGAAAGUGAAUAUCUAUGGGAUAUUGUGGAUGGAAAUGAGUGCGGAGAAAUGGGCAGCAUGACAUGGUCCGAUAAAAAUAAGAGAGCUCUGGAAAUCAUAAACAUGUCAUGUGGGCCAAUCGGCGUGAUAUAAUUUUCUGACAUAUCUCUAAGCAAAUUAAACAACUGAUAU